AUGGCCUCUGUUGUGGUGGUAUCCGCGUCCUACGACAAGCAGAUACGGCUCUGGGACGCCACCUCGGGUCGCACCGUGAAGAGCUUUAUCUUCCAGGACUCGCAGAUCAACAGCCUCUUUCUGCUGCCUGACACGGGCUAUCUGGCAGUGGCAGGCUUUGGGGCUCUGCGCCUAUAUGACCUCAGCACUUUCCUGCACAGUGGCGGGGGCGCGGGAACGGGCAGUGGUGCAGGCACCGGCUGCAGCAAUAGCAGCAGCAGCACGAACCAGGCACCGCCGGUCUACUCCUCGUUCGAGAGCCAGAGCUCGAUGAACUUCACGAGUCUAGCGGCAGUACCGCUAGCGCACAACUACAACAAAGAUGAGCAGAGCAGCACCAUAUCCGGCUCGUCGCGUCAGCUGACGGACUCCGCAACGUCGACGAUACUAAACGAUCAGCUGCUCAGCACCGUCGCCAUGGUGGACACAGCUGCGCUUCUGGGCAGCACGCCGUGUCGCGAGGCCGCCUUCCUCCUUAUCGCAACGAGCGAAGACGGGCACAUCCGCUUCUUCGACACCCAAUCCGCCGUAACACUGCGGAUGUUGAAGGACAUUGCAACGGGAGCCGCCAUCACCUGCAGUGCUGUGUCCCCAGACCGUCGCUAUCUGCUGACAGGUAACCAAAUGGGCCAGGUGUCCAUGUGGCACCUCCCCUCCAUCGUCGCCAGUGUCGCGUUGGAGAUGAAGGGCCUCGCGCACCACAAAACAGCCGCGGCAAGCAAAUUCUCAGAUUGCAGUCCAAUCACCGCGCUGGACGAAGCAGACACCAAGGCCGGGGAGGCGAAAACCGCUAAGGCUGCAGCGGUGGCCGCCGCAGAGGAAGAGCGCGCAAAGGCUUUUGGUCGCGCGCCGCUGCAGGACAUCAACUUCGCCAAUGACUACAGCGCAAUCCGCAGCAUCGCGAUAGAGCCCCUUGGCAGGUGGGCAGCCGUGGCGGCCAACGCAGGCAAGGUGCACCUCAUCCGACUCGCCCGCGACGCCUCGGUGCGCGGGAGCAAGGCAACCACCGCCUCUAGCCGAAGCGCGACGCAGCCUCUGAUCAUCGGCGUUGCCACCAGCAACGACCCGCCGGUCACCCUGCCAGGGCAGCAGGACCCGAACGCCAUGAGCCUCUCCGGCUCUGUGCAGCCAUCGCCCUAUAAGAGCCCCGGGAAAAUAUCGGCUUCCGAGAGCACCUCUGCUGUGCCGCCGCUGCAUCUGACACUGACGGGGAGUGUCAGCUCCUACGGCGAGGGCGGAGCGGCCAAUAACAGCUACCACGGCCCACGUGAAACCAUCUACCGCUCGGCUUUGGUGGUAAACGAACUCAGCUCAAACGCGCAACGCGCCUCGGAUGUGAGUGGGGAUGGCAUCGGCGGUGAGCUGGCGCACACGCGCAGCACCCCCAGAGGCGCCGCCUCGCACCUGAACAGCAUGGGCGCCGUUCUCCUGGACCACGUCGAGCAGCAGCAAAAUUCGAACAGAAGUCGCAGCAACUGCCCCGAUGGACAUGCCUCCGCCGCGCAAGACGCGCAACACGAGCAGCUGGCGCAGCCAUCGGCCGCGACGAAGCUCGCCGAGCAGCUCGAGAUGGAGGUGUUCGACACGAUUCAGGCGCAUUACAAGUACAUCCUGCGCGUGCUCAUUUCACCCAACGCGGAGCUUCUUGUGACGUGCAGUGCCGACUACUCGGUCGGUCGGUUCUUGGUGCCGGCCGCCCUGCGGAUCCCGUCUUCAGCGGCGUCCGCCGGCACAGACACAAACGCCGGCUCGAAGUCUUCUGCACUGGCAGCAGCGAACGCACCUUUGCAGCCUGCCUCCACGCGCCUGAGUGGCACUCGAAACGGCGACGAGGGCGCGGGGGAGAGCAAAAACGUCGACGAGGCCGAAGUGCGCAGCGACGCACCUAUGCCGUGUUUUACGUCCACGCAGGCGCUGGCGCCGACCACGGGGUCUCGCACUGGUAGCGGCGGCGAUUCGGAGGUGCGAGUGCAGCAGCAUCAGCAGGGCGGCACGACGGACUCGAAGACGGACAGCAGCUCUCCGGAAGAAACCAAGACGGCCGCUGCUGCCGCCGGCGAUACCAACAACACCGCCGCUCCCGACACGGCUGCCUCUGGCCCUCUUAUCCACUCCUUCGACGACAUCGCCAGCCGCGGCCUAGGUGACGGCAUAAGCGACGAGUCACCGCAACCACGCAUGGAGUUCCAGCCCCUCAAGCCGCUCACCGGGCACAACCGCUGGGUCUGGGACGGCGUCUUCAGCGACUGCAGCGAUUUCCUUUUCACGGCGAGCAGCGACAACACCCUGCGCAUGUGGAACGGGCUCAUGACGGAGCGCCCGCAGUCUGUCAGCUUUGUUGGGCACACCAAGCCCGUCGUGGCGGUGCUGCUGUGCUACGACAAGCGGCGCUUGAGUAUUGGAUAG